CGAGACCCGCUGUGUGAGUGCGCGUGUGUGAAGCUCUCAGCUGUCUGUCACAGCAGCACGCGCUUCUUCACAACACACCAGCCAGCCAACAGACUACAUAUACGCACAGAGGCGCUGCGACAACUGAGUUCUUCAACUAUGCACCGCUAGAUAUGUUUUUAAAAUGAAAGCAAUGCGUAUCCGCGUCAACAUGGACUGGUGUACAUCCUCAAAUUGAUUUAGCUGAGAGUUGUACUUGAACGUGGGAGAACCGCCUGUACGGGAUGGUCUUUAGUAUCAUGUUUACUCCCGAAGCUUUUGCAUUGAAGCACAAUGUACACGUUUGACAGCAGUGCCUAACAUUUUAUCAGCGCCGUUUGUGCUGAAUAUGACAGAGGAUACUAUGACGGCUGUGCGCGGAAAUCUUUCAGGUGCCUCGGGACAAAAGGAUAGCGGACAAACUGAAACGACAAACGGGGCGAUUCCUUCCUUCUCACCGGCGGAGCUCAGCGAGGACUCUCCGUCCUGCACCAGCGAACUGACCCGCACGUGGCUGCAGUUCGCCAAGACCUUCGUCAUUAUCUUCCCCAUAUAUGUCUUGGGUUAUUUUGAGUUCAGCUUUAGUUGGCUUUUAAUCGCACUCACAAUAUUUUUCUUUUGGAAGAGAAACACAAAGUGUAAGAACACGAGGCUGACCAGAGCACUCUCCAUUUUUGAGCAAGAGGACACGGUUAAACAGGAGCUGGAGGCAACUGAGUUACCAUCAUGGGUUCAUUAUCCAGAUGUGGAGAGAGUUGAGUGGCUAAAUAAGACAGUGAAACAGAUGUGGCCUUACGUGUGCCAGUUUGUGGAGAAGCUGUUUAAAGGAACAAUCGAGCCAGCCAUCAAAGAAGCCAAUGCCCACCUCAGUACAUUCAGCUUCACCAAGAUCGAUCUCGGAGAUAAUCCUCUCCGGAUCAACGGGGUCAAAGUUUACUCAGAGAACGUGGACAAACGGCAGAUCAUCAUGGACCUUCAGAUCAGCUACGUUGGAAAUACUGAAAUCGAUGUAGAUGUCAAAAGGUACUACUGUAGAGCAGGAAUCAAAAGUAUACAGCUACAUGGAGUUCUGCGCGUGAUUCUGGAACCACUUUUGGGGAAUAUGCCGCUGGUUGGUGCUCUUUCCCUCUUCUUCCUCAAGAAGCCACUGUUGGACAUAAACUGGACAGGCCUCACAAACAUAUUGGACAUUCCAGGGAUUAAUGGCUUUUCAGACCACCUGAUCCAGGAUAUUAUCAGCACUUACAUGGUGUUACCCAACAGGAUCACUGUACCACUGAUAGGUGAGGUUGAACUGGCACAGCUCCGUUUCCCUAUGCCAAAGGGAGUUCUAAGGAUUCAUUUCCUUGAGGCUCAGAAUCUGGAAGUUAAGGACACGUAUCUGGGUGGGCUGAUCAAAGGCAAGUCUGACCCAUAUGGCAUGCUGCUGGUCAGCAACCAGCUCUUCAGAAGCAAGACCAUCAAAGAAUGUCUGCAUCCCAAAUGGAACGAGGUGUAUGAGGCACUAGUAUAUGAACAUUCAGGACAACAUCUGGAAAUAGAGCUCUUCGAUGAAGACCCAGAUAAAGAUGACUUCUUGGGCAGUCUAAUGAUUGACUUGAGUGAGCUUCAUAAAGAACAGAAGGUUGAUGAGUGGUUUGACUUGGAAGAAGUUACGACAGGCAAACUUCAUCUUAGAUUAGAGUGGCUGUCAUUGUACCCGAGUGCUGAAAAACUAGAUCAAGUACUGAGGAGCAUAAGGACUAAUGAAAAUCUUUCUUCAGUUCUGCUAGUUGUUUACCUGGACUCUGCCAGUAAUUUGCCGACCAAUCCUCUUGACUUUAACCCUGAUGGCCCCAAACCCCCUUAUAAAGGCCUAAAGUCUGGGAAGAAAGUGAGCAUAGAUCCAAAUCCUUUUGUCAAACUGACUGUAGGACAAAAGAUGUACACAAGCAAGGUUAGGUAUAAAACUAGUGAGCCGCUGUGGGAGGAGGCCUUUUCCUUCCUUAUCAACAACCCCCGCAAUCAGGAACUGGAAAUUGAGGUGAGGGAUAGUAAGCACAAGUGCUCUCUGGGUAGUGUGCGCAUGGCACUUGGUUCUCUCCUGAAGGAGGCGGACAUGUCUCUGAGUCAGCAGUUCCCCCUGCAGAACUCUGGCCCAAACAGCACCCUCAAACUCAAAAUGGCUCUCAGGGUCCUCUGUUUGGAGAAGGAGGUCACGUCCAGCCAGCCGUCAUCUGUCCGAGUCAGACACACUAGUCAGAAUAACAAUUGCGUGUCCCCACAACCUCAAACAGCCACUAGCACCAGCAACUCCACAGUCAUUCAGCCGUCACACAACCAACCAUGUACCCCUCCACCGGACACCCCUCAAGGGAAAAGAGGAUCGGAUGGCUCCCCAGUGCGGCUAGCGGAGGCAGGCCGCAGUGUCUCCAGUCUAGUGAUAAGCAGCUCGCACAAGCAUCAGUCUCACAGAGACUCUACGCCUAGUCUGGCUUCCGACAUUUCACUGCCCUGUGCCACAAUGGAACUGCAGCAACGGUUACAGCAGCUACAAAAUGGCUCUGGGCUGAGCCAAUAUCCACUUGGUGAAGUCCAGCUCACUAUUCGACACAGUUCACAAAGGAAUAAACUUAUUGUAGUGGUUCAUGCCUGCAGAAACCUCAUAGCACUGACCAGAGAUGGUUCAGACCCAUACAUCCGCCUAUACCUGUUACCAGACAAGAGCCGGAGUGGCCGCAGAAAAACCAGCACACUCAAGAAGACGCUGAACCCCGUCUAUGACCAGUCCUUUGAGUUCAGUGUGUCUAUAGUGGAACUGCACAGGAGGACAGUUGAUGUUGCUGUGAAGAAUGGAGGAGGACUGCUGUCCAAACACAAAGUACUACUUGGCAAGGCACUUGUGGACUUGGCAAGUGAAGACAUUUCAAAAGGAUGGACUCAAUGGUAUUAUCUGACCGAGGAUGGAUCAAAGAAGAUAAAUCAGACGUAGUGGUCCAUGCAAGAAAGCAGGAAAGAAUGAAACGGCGGAUAACUGGGACAUGUCACGGCCUGCAUAGGAUCAUGUAGAAUCUUUAGUAGCAGAAGAGCACUGUUGGACUAACUAAACCAGGCUACUUCUACUGGGAUUUACACUGGCCUAAAAAGUGUCUCUCUCAUUCUCACCAAAGCUGAAAUUGCCACCUCCAGCAUCAAUGACCUGCUUUUACCCUCACUUUCUUAAAGGAUUAAAUCUUUUUUUGUUUUGUCUGCUUGUUUUUGUUUUAUCAUUUAAACCAGUUAUCUUAGUAGUUUUUGCACAGGUUUAUUUUUGUCCAGUUGAUAAAAAUGGUUACCCACAAAAUUAAUUAACUAUAAAACAACAGUAGAAAAAAAUAAUAAUUUAGGUUCAUGAAUACAUACACUCUUAUUUAUUGUAUUUAAUUUAUGUUGAUAAUAUUCUGAAACUUUUUAACUUCUGGGUUUAGUACUACAUUUUGUGAACUAUUAAAAUCACAACAGAAAAAAUUAUUUCUGUUGCUAGAAAGGCAGACAUGUUACUAUUUGUUUGUGGCAGCAUAUUACACAAAACACAUGGCCGAAGUAUAGGUCACAUUUACAAAAGAGAAACACCACACGUGUAUGUAUGUAUAUAUGUAUGUAUGUAUGAACAAUUAUUUUUCCUGGAUUUUAUGCUGCUGUUUUUUCUACCACAAAUGGUAAAGGAAGUUCUAAGUUAUGUUCAGCACUUCAUAAAUGAUCAUUUGAUAAUACUUUAUUUUAAAAGUAUUUCACUGUUUCCUAUUGCACAGCACAAAAUGAAAAGCCUGUACAGAAAUGUUUGAUAUCCAUUUUGUUUGCAAGAGUUUUAUCAGGUUUAGCAAAGUACUAUGUAUACUGUGCUACAUUUUUAAGUAGAUUAAUAGCUUGGUUACAAAGUGUUUUGCUCAUGGAUUGUUUAAAGACUGUGAAUUAGCUGUUGGUGUGAUUUCCGGCCUUAUUCUUCUUUAUGCAUCAUGCAUGAUAUCAUUAAAAUAUGAAAUUAAAUUUGAAUCACA